ACGUCUCAGCCAAGCACUGGCGGUCAGUCUUCAUGCAGCAGUGACCAGUCCACCGGCGGCCCCCAUAUCGGCCGUGGAGUCCAGCUUGCUGUGAAAAGCAUUGGGCUUGCGGGGGAGGAGGCAGUGAUUGAGGACCAGGAAAAUGAAGAGAAGGAGGAGGAAGAAGAGGGAGAGGAGGAGGAUGCCCUCAUUAUGGACUCUACAAUAUCCACUGCAACAACCACAGCGGCAACACUAGCUUUUCAGACUCGCCGAAGUGUAGGACGGCCUCUACGCUGGAUGGAGCAUGUUAAGAUGGAGAGGUUAAGGCAGGUGAAUGGAGCUGUGCCUAGGCUAGGACAUAUGUCCCCAACACCGCCCCCUAAAGGCCAGGCCCUGCCUGCCCUCACAGGAAAGGGUUCAUGCCUUGGUAGGAGUAGUUCUGUGGGGGUUCCCCAGCCUCCUCCACGUCUUGAGCCGUCCAACACAGAGCUGACGGUGUUAAAUUUGCUGCGUGAACGCCGGGACAGCAGUGGCAGCAACACCAGCUCGGCCUACCUGAGCAGCAGUCGUCGAUCAUCUGGCAUCUCCCCCUGCUUCUCCAGCCGCCGUUCUAGCCAGGCCUCGCAGUCUGAGCACAACCACCAUCGGCAUAUUCACAAUCUCAGUGCCACUGACUCUUAUGACCCUAUCUCCACUGAUGCCUCUCGACGCUCCAGUGAAGCCAGCCAAUGUGGAGGUGGAGGAAGUUCAGGUGGGAUGGUGUACAAUGGAAGUGAAGGUACUGGAGGAAGUGGGAUGGGGGCAAGAGGUGUUCUCAACCUCACUCCAGCUCAACACUAUCACCUGAAGGCCAAGUAUGCCGCUGCUACAGGUGGGCCUCCUCCCACACCCUUGCCAAACAUGGAGCACAUGAGCCUAAAGACUCGUCUGGCUUUGAUGGAAGAUAAACAGAACAUGGGCCAACUUACACUACCACCACUGGUCAGGCCACGUCGCUGUAGUGAUGGUAUGCACAAUUUACAUGGCAGUCAAGCAGUGUACCAACGAAGGGGAUUGUACCCUGUUGAAGGUCCAGGGAAUAGUGAUCGAAGAGCCAGUGACCCUGUGCGUACACGGGAUACUAGUGCUUUUGGUUUGCCACAGUUACAGCGUUUCAGCAGUUUAAACAACAUGAAUUCAUUACCCCAUAUUGCUGGUAAUCAUUCUUUAGAUGGAGAAAAUAACAGUCUGAGCUUCCAGAACUACAUCUUUCAGAGAAGUCUACACUCGCCUUGCCCUCCCAGCAUCAUGGAGCAAUCAGCACUUGAGGACUUGGCAAUGGACCAAGAUGGUCUUCUGUUACAUGUUGAUGAAGACAUUCUGCCAGAUGACUUGGUGCAGUAUCUUCAUUCCCAAGAUCACAACCAAUCGGAUCACAACCAAGACAACCAUAGCAGUGAUUCCAGUCCCCAUACACCCAGUUUUGACCAGGGUACUGCAGAUGUCCAGAACUUCCUCAACCCGCAACAGGAGGAGAUAGAAGGGGAAAUCACUAGUAAAGAUAUAAUGCCUAUCCAGUGGAAUGAAGUGACCUCUGGUAGUGCUGAUGUUUCUCCUCCCAGGCAGCAGUCUCAGAGGUGCAGAAGAUGGUCAGACCAGAGUGGCAUAGUGAGCAACGCCUUUGGUCGCUUUGGAAACAUGGUUGUGCAGCAACAACUGCAUACAGAGUUCAUGGAUCAACACUCAACUCUUUGUAGAGAUGGUGUCGAACACAUGGCAGGUAUGAACUACAGAUGCAUACAUCCAGAGCAGCAUCAACAAAUUGCAAAGCCAUCCCAGCAACAGCCCAGGACAAAUCCAGGCAUUAAGAAUGAGUCUUCUUCAAACUCCAAACUGGAAUCUAGGCCCAACAACUUUGGUCGACCAGACUUCUCUUAUAUCUCUUUGGGCCCCCUCCAUUCUAGCUGUACCCAGCAGACAACUAUAUCCCAAAAUAACCUUGAGCAAAAUCAAACAAUAACACAUCAAAUCAGCAGCAACCUUUCGUUGCAAAGACCAGCUAACUGCAGCUUGUCUCCGGCAACACUACUGCCUCACCAGGCCCAACAUCCUAUGACUCACCCACCUGUCAAUAGUGGCUAUAGAGGCUUAUAUCACACACAACCCUACUUCAUUCAGCAGGUUAUCAAUGGUCAUAAUGCACAUUCAUGCCAGCAGCAAAGCUUGAGAAAUGGAAAUGGAACCAAUUGCUCUCUUGCAAAUCAGGUUUCAGGACUUAAGCUUGAGGCAGAGGAUUACCUUCAAACCAACACUUGCUCUUCUAUCCAGCGACAAAAGCCCGUGUUUAUUGCUAAGUGUUUUGACACGUCAGAGUCCAAAACUUCAUCUUCUCAUGAUACAGGACAGUCAUGUUUAAUGGAGUCCUUGACAGCUGAGACAGAAACACCUUCUGAGGCCCUUCGGUCCCCUGGGGUUGAUCAGGUGACCAGUACAGUAGAAGAAAGCCUUGGUGUCUUAGAUAAUGUCGGUUUAGAUAUUUGUUCCAUCCUUGAGGAUGGUUAUGAGCAGGGUAGUGUGGUGUCUGACAUAAUCAGUCCCAGUUUUUUCCAGGGUCUGUCUAGAACUUCCUCUCGGCUGACUACUCCCCGUGUUUCAGCUUCAUUUCAUCCAGGCACUAACAACAUGGCUAUUGGUGACAUGAGCUCACUCCUUACCACCCUCGCAGAAGAGAGCAAAUUUCUGGCUAUUAUGCAGUAAUCUGUGCACUCCCCCUCCAAAAAAUUGUUACGCUGUUAUAGAUAAGACAAAUUUAACAGACUUGUGUAUGUAAUGUAAAGAUGUGGGAUGAGAAAGAAAGUUAUUGCUUUAUAUUUAUUAAAAUUGUUUAUUAGGUGAUGUUGACAAAGAGUUGGUACACAAUCUUGAAUCUGUCUUAUCUUCCUAGAGGCAGUGACCAAUAAAUCCAUUCCAUUUCUGGAAUAGAGGCUAUUUUAAAAGCCCUUCUUUUAUAUCGUUAUAUGAUGAUGGCAGAUGGAUUCACUGGUCUUCUUUUCAUCACAUUGAAACAGUAUUCUCUGUGUUGUUGAUAUUUUUAUGUUUUGUUGUACAUUGUAGCUACGAGUGCAUGAUAAUUUUCUUAUUAAGUGUACACAGUGUUCACUAAACUGAGUAGGUUAACUCAUUGUAUUAUGUAUCUUUGUUGUUGAGUGCAUUGCAUACUACAAAAAUGGUGUGAAUAUGCACAGACUUAACUGUCAUCAGGUCAAAACAGGGUGGAAUAUCACUCUUAACAGGCCCAAGUGUCAUAUUUUGAUUAUUCUAAAUGUCUUUUUAAGUGUCUUAUAUCAGAGAUGUUGCAGUGAUUAUAAUAUAAGUCUUACCAAAUGUUGUUGACCAAUUUUUCCUAACAUGGCAAUUAAGAGGGACCACUUUGUUGUGUAAGGGUAUGACAAGUUGACAAGUGUAGAGCAAAAUGCUAGAGCUGAUCACUUAAUAUCUCGAUUAUAUUGACUGUAUCCUUGUAAAUAAAUGUUAAUAUUUUUCUUCAUUUUUUAUUUUGCAAAAAUGUACAUUUUGCAUAAUUUUGAUCAUAUUGUUAAUGACUGGUGCUGCUGUUAAGCAAUGCAUUACAUGACAAAAAAAAAAAAGCGUGGUCAUUUUAGUCAAUCUCAACAUGUUGCUUAUUGCACAAGUCAUUUUUUUAAUUUGUGGCCAAAAUGUGUUAAAAGCAAUGGUAUCAAUUAAUGUUUAAAUUUAUCUAAAUAUAUGUAAUAUCUGUAAUAUUAUUUGUUAUCAUGUUUACAACAGUCAGUUGUGUGCUUUUUUUGUCACAGCAGUGCAGUGAAUUUGUAGUGAGAUCUCAUUUUUGCUGUGGCUUUUUAGAUCAACCUGUCUUUGCUUAUCUAUUAAAAAACCUCUACCUUCCUCACUUCUGAAUUAGGACAUUUAUAAACACCAAGACGCAACAAGCUCCACUACAGGAGCUAAGAGACUUUUUAGCAGUAUUAAAAAUAUCCUGCAGUUUCUGCCUGCAUAUGUAUAGUUUUUAAAGGUGUACUCUCGUAAUUAGGUUCUGUUUGUUUUUGUAUGGUUAUUUGAAAAUUUUCUGUAGUUGUGUAUUGGCAUCUUUGUUUAGUUUUGAACACAGAAGUGGUAUGACCUAUUCCUCUUUAAAAGGACUAGAGGCUUUGAGCCUAAGGUAUGUGCCUUAUUAAUGCUUGUCCAUACAAAAGAGACACUGCCAUUUUCUUCUUCUUCUUCUUCUUCUUCUUCCUUUUAUGUUUCUUUGUUAAGGAAUUAAAGAGAAAAAAAUGUGUAUGGAAAGAGUCCUGUGACUUCACAUGUUAUAUGGAACACUACAUUCUGUUGGUUGGGCAUUGAGAAAUGUGAUGUGUAAGCAAUGUUAGUUGCUUUGUUGUUGUUUUUAAUAGUUAUUACAUUUGUUUUUAUGCUUGUAAAUACAUAUUCAUUCUGUAGACUGUAGUUAAGAGUUUAGGUGGCAUCAGGGGUCAGAAUUAGUAUAAAUAUCCUACUCUAUUAAGCAGGAAUCCCUGUGCCCUGUCUUACAUUCAAACAGUUGAUCAAAAUAGAAUCACGGUGCCUAGCACCCUUAGACUGGGAACA